AUGAAAUCUGCAACCAGCAAUGUAGUGCACACCGCAAGGAUUGUAUUCGGCGCUCUUUCACCGUCUUUUGUUCGAGCCACAGUCACAGAAGAGUUUUUAAUCGGGAAAAAAUUAUUCACCAAUGAGACUUUGAAAUCAGCACUACAGAAAUUGGAGAAAGAGUUGGUGGUAGUUGAAAAUCCUCCAGAACCUUCUGUAGAAUACAGAAGGAAAACUGCACUUGGAUUAUUUUAUAAGGGACUUUUGCAACUGGCACCUGCUAAUGUUGUGGAUGGUCGCUAUCGCUCUGGAGCUAUCAACCUCCAUGAUUCUCGACCUGUGUCUCGAGCCGUUCAAACAUUUGAAACCAAUCAAACAAUCUGGCCUGUCAACCAACCAAUAAUGCAAGUCGACGCUUUGCUCAAAACUUCUGGUGAAGCUUUCUUUGUAGAUGACCUUCCAAAAUAUCUUAACGAAGUAUUUUGCGCUCUCGCUCUCAGUACUGUAGCUGUCGGCGACAUUGUAUCCAUUGAUGCAAGCAAGGCUCUGGAAUACCCAGGGGUUAUUGCAUUCUACACAGCUAAGGACAUUCCAGGAAUCAAUUCAUUUAUUCUUCCACUUAACUUUGUUUUCAUUUCGUCUGAAGAGGUAUUCUCCAGUGGUUCCAUUCAAUAUUAUAACCAACCCAUCGGAGUCAUUGUAGCUGAAACUCGGGCUAUUGCUGAGAGAGCUGCCAAAUUAGUUCAAGCAACAUAUAAAAACAUUAAAGAUCCGGUGGUUGAUAUAAAAGAGGCCAAAGAUAAUCCUGAGAGAACAACACUCUUUGCUGAACUAAAUGCAACAGAUGAAGGAGAAAACGUUGAAGAAGUAAUAAAAGGGUCCAAUACAAUUUAUGGGCAGUACCAUUUUUCUACUGAAACAUUAACCACUGUCAUUAAACCUUCUGAACAUGGUUUGGAUGUUUAUACCUCAACACAUUGGACAGAAGGUAUUCAAAUAAUGAUCGCAAAGGCGUUGAAGAUGGAUCAAAACCGCAUCGACGUCCACACGCGUCGAGUAGGAGGCUCUUUUGGCAUCAAACUGACGCGCAUAAUUCAGGGAUCAAUUGCUGCAGCUCUGGUAGUGACAAAACUUAACAGGCCUUGCCGAUUUAUACAGUCUUUGACCACCAACAUGCGUGCUUUAGGAAAGAGAUUACCAUGCCAUUCUGAGUUUGAAACAGGCGUCGAUCGUUCUGGAAAAAUCCAAUACUUAACCUUGGCUUCCUACGAAGACCACGGGUCCAUAGUUAACGAACAGUUUAAUUUACUCGGUCUGGGAGUUUACAACAACGCUUAUGAUAAAUCUCGAUGGAACUUCAGGACUUUUAGUUCCACUACUGAUACUGCUUCGAACACUUGGGCUCGAGCUCCAGGUACAUUAGAAAAUAUAGCUAUGGCUGAAUUUUUAAUGGAGCAAAUCUCUUGUGAAAUGGAAUUAGACCCUCUAGAUGUGAGACUUGCCAACUUAGAUUCACAGUAUGCUCGUGAUCUUAAAGAAAUGAUUGACAGUAUUAUCAUAAAAUCUGAUUACAAGAAUCGGCGAGACAUGGUAACGAAAUUCAACAUUGAAAACAGAUGGAAAAAACGUGGCUUGAGAUUUAGUUUCCUAAGAUGGACUCCUAUUGGUGGAUUAAACUUAUAUGUCAAUCUAUCAGUAUACCGUGGUGAUGGUUCUGUAAUUAUAACUCACGGGGCUGCAGAAAUGGGACAAGGAAUAAACACCAAAGCAGUGCAAGUUGCAGCUUAUAUUCUUAAUAUUCCAAUCGAGAAAAUUAAAAUUAAAGAAAAUAAUACCGUGAUUGCUCCAAACUGCAAUUUAUCUGGUGGAAGUGUUGUGAAUCAAAAUGUCAUAGUGGGCGUGAGAAGAGCUUGUGAGCAACUUUUGGUGAGACUUCAACCUGUGAGAGAUCAAAUGGAAAAUCCUACUUGGGAAGAAUUAAUAAUUGAAGCAUACAACAAUAAUGUCGAUUUAAAAACUCAUGGUUUUACGAAAAUGACCGAGGAAUAUACUCAUACUGCUUAUGGCGUUACUCUCGCUGAAGUAGAAAUUGAUGUUCUAACUGGAGAGUUAGAAAUAUUGAGAGUAGACCUUUGUGAAGAUGCAGGUUUGAGUGUUAGUCCUGAGAUUGAUGUAGGUCAAGUAGAAGGAGCUUUCAUUAUGGGUAUGGGUUAUUGGACGUGCGAGAACCUAGUCUACUCAAAAACUGGAGAACUCCUCACUGAUAGAACAUGGAACUACAACGUGCCGCUAGCCAGGGAUAUUCCGCAAGAUUGGAGAGUUUAUUUCAGGAAGAAUUCCUUCUCUGAGGAACUGAUUUUUGGAUCCAAGUGUAUUGGUGAACCUCCAAUAUGUAUGGCGGUGGUCAUAGCUCUGGCUAUUCGAGAAGCUAUUGUUUCUGCCAGGCUGGAGUCUGGCAUCCCAACAAAACAGUGGUUUAGAGAAGAUGGUCCAUAUACUGUUGAAAGGAGUUGUUUACUUACUUCCACAAAAACUGCUGACUUUAAGUUUAACUAG